AUCUCACACAUUCCCAAAGUAAAGCCUAGCUAAGACCAAAAAUCUUCACGGGCAACCAACUAGAUACAAAAUAAUAGAACAAACAGCCAUGGCUAAGUCAAAUGCAUUGGCUGCAACACUGUUGCUUGUCAUGGUGGUGUCCCUCGCCACACUAGAGGGUGUUCAUGGCGUCUGCGGCAUGUCGAAUGAUGAAUUCAAGCUUUGCCAGCCCGCGGCGGCAGUGAAUAACCCGACAGAGAGUCCGUCGGCUGAGUGUUGUGCUGCGCUUGGGAAGGCCAAUCUAUCAUGCAUUUGCCGCUACAAAGGCAUCGCCGGCAUAUGGCUGAAAAUGUACCACAUCGACGCAAAGCGUGCCAUGGCUCUGCCAGGCAAGUGCGGUCUCACCAUGCCCAACAACUGCUCGUGAUGAUCGGAUGUACUACCCAUGAGCAUCUAGGAGUCGGUUGCUCUACAUAUGCAUCGACACUUAUAUAUGGCUAAAUAAGUUGAGGAGCACUUGAAAAAGCAUUGUGCUACUCGGUCUUAUUGUUGUUGUGUAAUUUGAAAGUGUGAUUAUCCCAUUAAGCUCUUGAUAAAAUAGUAUAUGCAUGUUAUACUAGAAGUGUAAGGAUGCAAACGUGCCUUGCAUGUUGUCCCGUGAAAUUAAUAUCUUAUAUUGGAGUUGUUCGUGUCAAAA